CACAACGUCACAUAAGUCAUUCUCCACCAUGGACAACAAGAUGCUCAGGACCGCUGCAUGUUUGCUGCUUUUUUUAUCAGGUAUGUGUGUAGGUGAGCGUAUCUUGCCCCUGGGACCCUUUAAUGGAGCUGUGGCAGGCACGGUGAAGUUCACCACCACCCUCACACCUGCAGAGAAACCGUUCCUCACGGUCAGCUGGAGCUUCAAAGAGGUAAAUAUCAUCACCUCCACCAGCACGAACAACACUGGGCCCGGAUAUGCCAACAGGAUCUCGUUAGACCGAGCCACAGGGUCCCUGGAGCUCAGGAACCUGGUGAUGGAGGACAGCGGGGAGUACACUCUCACCAUCACACCAGACGGACAGCUGCAGAAACAGGGGAUGGUCACACUGAAUGUGUAUGUACCGGUAACUGGAGCCACCAUAAUCAGCCCUGCAGCCAUCUUGAUAGAAGAUAAAAGCUCCACCAACCUCAGCUGCGAGGCCUCCGGCUCCAUCAGCACCAGAGUGUGGACGAAGGACGGCCGGCCUCUCCAUGCAAGUGACAGAGUCAGUUUCUCCAUUAACAACAGGACAGUUUUCAUACAACCUGUUCAUAGCUCCAACCAUGGCACCUACUACUGUCGAGCCAGCAACCCAGUCAGCACCAUGACUGUGGCCCAUAAUCUCACCGUCAACUUUGGACCACAUAACAUAUCAAUUACUGGACCGUCAGCAGCAGCUCCUGGCAGUAGAGUGACACUGCAAUGCAUAGCAGACUCUGUCCCUCCAGCAAACUUCAGCUGGAUGUUCAACGGCAAUGAGACACAAGUUAACAACUCCAUGUAUGUUAUCGAAAGGUUAGAGGCAGAAAGCAUUGGCAAUUACACCUGCACCGCCAAAAAUAUGGUGACCAUGAGAGAAAACUCCACAGUCCUGAAUCUGAGAGCAUCCUGCACUACUCCCUGCUGGUCGUUUUCAGUGCUGCUGAUCAGUGCACUGUCUCUGAGAGGGUUCAUGUAAGGAGAAGUGGCAGAUCCUUUCUUCGCCUGAUGCAUUUCAGGAUAUUUUGAUGCUGAUGUUGACCUUCAUUCCUCUUACUCUCUUACAUUGGGAAAAACAAUCAUCUUAAUUGUUAAUUAAUUAUUACUCUAUUGUUCAUAUGAGCACCAGCUGGUAUUGUUAUUCACUUUUCUUGUGUAUUAUAUUUGCAUGUGUGCAGAAUGUAAAAUUGCAAAUGAACAUCUGUGUGUCAACAUUUAAUGGAUUAAAGCACCACAAAUGUUUUUUCUAUAGUAAUUUAUUGUAUACUGCAGAAAUUAUCACCUGUUUUAAACAAAAGGAGGCUUAUGGGACCAUUUUGGAAGAAGCUGAUGGCUGGAUUCUUGGAUUUAAAUUUGGAUAUUCCUGCCCACAGAUAAAACAGAACACUGUGCGGAAAAGCUUGUGUGUGGUAAUAUACUGGCAUGAUUGUUCCAUGUCAUUUUUAUUGCUGUGAUAUCAAGCUGUAUGACGGCACAUGUGAUAAUCUUGCAUUAAGUAAUGAGUGUAUACAUUUAGAAGAUGGUUUGUGCCUAA